CGUGAAUCGUCCACGUUGGAGCGCGCAUACUUCAGAGCGGUCGCCAUUUGCGCCACGAAUACUGGCUGAUGAUCUUGUGUGUGAAAUUGUGAUAUUGGAGGUUAUAGUGCUUAUUUUAAAGUUAUUUGUGCAUCUGUUUCGUAGCAAACUAAUUUUGAGGACUGUAAACUUAUAUAAAACGCUGUAGGCACAAUAAGUGCGUCAAAUGAUUGCCGAGAUCACCAGAAAUGAAGAUAGUUACCGCUUCAACAGACGGACUGAUUAACUCUAAUUGUUUACAAGGAACAUAUACCCAUACACUUUAAGUUGAUCCCCAUUAGUCUUUAACUUAACGCUUUAAGUUUUUGUUUUUUUAAUUAGUAAACUAAGUUAAGUGUUACAUAGUACCUAUAUAUAUAAAUAUGAAAAUACCGGAGACUUCGGCUAACGUUGGGGCUUAUUAUGGCAACGAGGAGAAUGGUCACUGGCAGCCAAACGGCGUGAUCAUAGACAGCGGAGUGGGCGGCGGCGUGGUCGGCAGCGGGGACGCCGGCAUCCAUCGCCCCCCCGUCUACCCCGUACACAUACCAAGAGCACACAUGCCUGGCUACGUGAUGGCGGGCGCAUACUACCCCCCCGCCGCGUACCCGCCCGUGCCGGCCCAGCCGCAGCCGGACGACUUCGCAGACUACAUGUGGAUGGAAAACGAAGAGGAGUUCGACAAACAGGUGAUGCAGCAGCUCGAGGAGGAGGCGUUGAUGGAACAGUGCAUAGAGGCCAUGUUGGAGGACGAACAGAGGGAGAGGCACAACCGACCCACCGCCAACGGACACAACCACCCGCACUACCCUACCACGAGUAACGGCGCGCCGUCCCUGUCGCUGGAGGAGACGGUGUCGCGGUCGACGCUGAACCCCCUCGCCGCCGAGUUCGUGCCCACGAGACCACUGCCCACCGCCACAGAAGAAAAACAAGCCCCCACACAAGAAGCGUCCCCCAGCGCCCCCGUACAGUCGGAGCCCCCCACUGCCACAGAGGCGUCCCCCGCGCCACCCCCCACCGACACUACAGACGAUGUAACACAUGAUAACACAGAAGAAUCACAACAGCCACAGAAGGAAACGCCAGAAGUCAGCGCAACAGAAUCCAUAGACAAGACGCAAGAAAAGCGACCCAAAGACAAGAAGGAUUCUAAAUCCAAAGUAGAUUUAAAGAAGACGGUCAAACCGGAAGUCAAGAGUAAGGUGCAGAGUAAACCACAGGCGGCCAAGUCGGAGACGAAGGUCGCGCCCAAGAAGAAGGAGGUGAAGAGCGUCAAGAGCGAGAUCAAAGUGGACGAGAAGAGUGAAGACAGCAGUGAUGUUAAGCAACCCCAACCAGCACCGUUAGAAGAAGCGCAAGCGACAUCUGGCUUCAAACCAAUAAACUACGCGGCCGCCGCGAAAGCGAACAAACCCAAGAAACCACCGACAACCGCAACCGCAACCGCAGCAACCACGCCCGCAGAGAAACCACUACCCAAGGUAGAGAAACCAAAAGCAACCGAAAAAGUCGAGAAAAAGGAGAAACCCAAAACGGAAAAAGUAAAUGUUCAAAGAAAAAAUUCGACUAAGUAAAAAUUACAUAAAAAAAGGUGAGUUUUUUUUUAUACUGAAAAAAAAAACAACCUUUUUCGGUUAAAAAAUUUAUUGCCUGUGUACAAAUUUCUAUCUGGCAACACUGUUUGAGGCAAUGGUAUUUUGCAUACAGCCUUGUACAGCCUAUUGUAUAGUUUGAAGUUUGAAAAAUAGUUGUGAUAUUUCCAUUUUUUGAAGUAAAUUUGCAUUUUUUUUCUUUUUUUUUUGGAAAUGAUAUAAAAUGGUUAUAUAAAAAAUUUUAAAUAUUAACACAAAAAAAAAAUUAAUUAAAAUUUAAACGGUAUAGUGUAAAAAAUAAUGUAUGGUAACCACAUUAUGUGAAUAAUUAGUUUUUAAAAAACAUAUUUAGUAGACAUUUUAGAUUUUAAAGAACGUUUUUUUAAAUAUUUGAGACUCUGUAUAGCAGUCAUAAAUGAAAGGCAACUUGAAAUGAUCUGAAAUAUUAAAAUAUUCUUCCAUUAACUGCCGUACUCAGAGACAUUUAAUGAUUACUUAAACUAUUCCUUAGUAACGAUUUUGUAUCGAAAACAAUUGCUAAGGACUGGGUUAAGUAACCAUUAAAUGACUCUGAGUACGGUGGUAAGCGCCUGUUUCAUCAUUGUGAAACAGGCGCUUAUUUAAAUCAAAUAUCUUCAAAUAGGAUUAAAAUUACUACCUUCAACACAACACAAAAUAAAAAAAAACAAAUGACAGAUCACACUUUGACAGCAUCUGUCAAAUCAUACGUCAAAAUAAUUUUUUAUCUGUGGCUCCCUCCGUUUGACGUGUCUUAUGACUCUGUUACACGUCACAAAAAUAAUAUAGAGUCUCAAAUGUUAAAAAAAAUAAUAAUUAUGAAGCCUAUAACAAAGGCUGUCCAAUUUAGUUUUUAGUUAAAAUUCGUCUUGUAUAUUGAAAAUAAUUGAAAAAAAAAAACAUGUAUAUGAAAAAAAAAAAUUAAAAUACUGAUCACUGAAAAGCUGAAAAAGUUAUAAUGUACCGGCAGGAUAGGUAUAAAAAAUUUUACUAAGAAAAUUAUCUUCAAAUUUGAACCAGUAGUUUCGGAGAUUAGCGCAAUCUAACAAACAAAC